UGGCUUUGGAGCUGAAGCAGCAGGAGCGAGUGCGGUUCCCCCACUACCCACGUCAUGCCCACCCUAUCGGUGUUCACGGAUGUGCCCCCAGCGCAAAAGUUAGAGGGCAGCCUGUUUAAGACGUACAAGCAGGAUGACCACCCCAACAAGAUGUUCCUGGCCUACAGAGUCUGUAUGACCGAAGACGGCCGGCCCUGGGUGUCCCAGGUGGUGCGCAUAACGCGGCUCCAGAUGGCACAGGAUCCCUCACUCGACUAUGAGUACCUGCCCCCCAUGGGCUCCAGGUGCUUCAUCCAGGCCUCCUUGGAGCUCCUCUUUGGAAAGCACAACCCAGCCCUGGUGGAGAACAGGAUAGGAGGUGUGCACAUUAUUGGUGACAGUGGUGCCUUCCAGCUGGGGGCCCAGUUCCUGAGAAACUGGCUCAAGGAGACCCAGGUCGUGUGCAUAGUCUCCUCUCAGAAAGAGCUACACGGACUGGUCUUCCAGGAUAUGGACUUUGUGGUCUAUGAGUACUCCAUCUGGGACCCCCAGCAGCUGUGCCUGAACUCCAAUAUGUUCCUCGAUGUGCUGGAGCAGAUCCCACGUGGCUGCAUCCUGGUGAUUGGCAACAUCAUCGACUGUAAGCUGACACCCAGCCAGUGGAGCAAGGUGGUGUCGCUCAUGAAGAGCAAGCGCGUCUUCCUCUUCCUGGACAUUCCCUGCCAAGGUUUCUACACAGGAGACCUGGAGCAAGACGUUCGGAUCUUGCGGUACUUCGUGUCUCGAGGUUUUGAGUUUUUCUGCAGCCAGUCGCUGUCCAAGAAUUUCGGCAUUUACGAUGAAGGCGUAGGGAUCCUGGCCGUGGUGGCUCUCAACAACCAGCGUAUGCUCCGCACCCUCUCCCAGCUGACCAGCUACGCCCAGGCCCUGUGGCUCAACCCCCCAGCCACGGGAGCGCGCAUCAUCACCUCCAUCCUCUGCAACCCUUUUCUUCGUGAGGGAUGGAGGCAGAGCCUGGAACGGACCUUGGGGAGCAUCAUGCUGAUCAAGCAGAAGGUGAAGGAGAAGCUGCGGCUGCUGGGAACCCCAGGCUCCUGGGACCACAUCACCCAGCAGACCGGGACCCACGGCUACCUGGGACUGACCUCCCAGCAGGUGGAGUACCUGGUCAAGAAGAAGCACAUCUACAUCCCCAAGAACACCAGGAUCAACUUCACCUGCAUCAAUGCGAAAAACAUCGGUUACAUCACGGAGAGCAUCCACGAGGCUGUCCUCCUCACCGGCAGGACGGAGAACGUUCCCAAAGACAAAGGCCAGUGAGCUCAAUAAAGGGCAUCAGCCGCUGCUGCCAUUCCUU